ACUUAACGUUUUUACUCCACUGGAAUGAAGCAGUGGGGGUGAGCAUACUUCUCUGUGCUUAAGGGAAAUUAUGAGUACAAAAUCUUAGAUGGUAAUGGAAGUAUACAUUUUCUAACCCCAUUUCCUUCCUUUAUCAGUUUUUUCUUAUUGUGCAAAGUAAUUCCAUACUCAGCAGGAAAUCUGCGCACAGGACUUACUCCUCCAGUGUGUUUUUUCUGUCACCAUGGCAGAAAGAAUUUCAGGACUACAGUGAGCUAUCGUCUCAUGCUGAACUGCAACUGUCUUCUGAUUUAACUUUAGUUGUUGAGUUUUGGAUCUGGCAUAUCAUGGCUCUCUGUUUGCAGAAUUUCAUUUCUAUAGUUACUGCAUUUUGCAUGGGAAUAACUCUUAUUAUUGUGAACACCUCUGCAGAGUUCCACUGUCCUAAUUACUGUGACUGCAAUGAGCUAUACGCUCGUGUCAACUGCAUGAACAGGACACUAGAGGAACUCCUCCGUGAGUUGCCCAAAAGUGCAGAAAAACUAAAGGUAGAAAACGGCAGCAUGUCUGUCUUGACAACAGGUUCUUUCUCCACUUUAGUACACCUGAGCUCCCUUUGGAUUCAGAACAGUGGCCUGCAAGAUAUUCAAAAGGGAGCAUUUGAGGGACCGACUGACCUUUUGUAUGUUUAUCUUCGUAACAAUCUUCUUGAAACAGUACGUGCUGACAUGUUUGAGGGACUCACAGCUGUAAAGUAUCUAUAUUUAGACAGAAACUACAUUAGUGCAAUUCCAGCAGGUGCAUUUACUCCACUGAAGAAGCUUUAUUCCCUUUACAUUCGAUACAAUCGCCUCACAAUAGUGGAUGCUAAUGUAUUCAGUGGACUUGCAAAUCUGAGAUGGCUUUAUUUGAGUUACAAUUCUAUCAGCAAUAUCUCUGCUCAGGCUUUCAAGGGACUGACUUCAAUACGAAAAAUCAGCUUAAUGAAUAAUAGCUUGACUAGUGUGCCAAAAGAACCACUUGCACUUCUUGGUACACUGAACUACUUAAAUUUGGGGGACAACCCUAUCGCUGUACUAAAUAAGACUUCAUUCCCUCUGGAACUGAAGUCUCUGUCUUCACUUUAUGUGAAUGAUAUGGGAUUAAAAGACUUGAAUGUGGAUGCAUUUAAAGUUUUUCCACGACUGCAGACCUUGUCACUGGAAGAGAACCUGCUGGAGACGAUCUCACCACUCAACUUCCUUCAUACCCUUCAGGUGCUGAAGCUGAAAAAAAAUCCUUGGCUGUGUGACUGCCAGUUAAUUUGGCUUAGGACAUGGAUCAUACAACACCAAAUUAAACAGGAAGUUAUGUGUCAGGCACCAGCGGGUCUUCAGAACCAGUACUUGGGAAAUAUAGAUUUGAAAUAUCUGACAUGCCCACCAUACGAGGGGUCUAACACCAACAUGACAUCCACAGCUACUGCAAUAACCGCCACCACCCAGAUUAUGAAAACAACAGAACAAAGGUCUUCUGAACUACCUCGCAUAACAUCACCUUCUGCUUCUAAACCCAGACCAGCAACUUUCAAACCACCUAUGACACAAACUCCAAAGGUCUGCAAGGAUCCUAUAGUUCAAAGUUUGCAAGUAAUCAGCAAAUCUCCAAGCACACUAAGUCUGAAGUGGGAAGCCCAGCAAGAGAGACCUAGACUUGGCUUGGAUGUACUGUUUUUUUCCAAAGACACAAAGGAUGCCUCAGGUGGUAAGAGCCAUAUUGGAGAACAAGCAGCAGUCCUGACAGGUCUGUCACCUGGGACAUCGUACAAGAUCUGUGUUGAUCUGACUACCGAAGCAAAAAAGUUUUGUGCUAACUCCGUAACUCCUCAGUGUGUUGUAGCAUCCACACUGAAAUCACUGCCAUCGGAUCAGCAAGAAAAAAAGGCUGUAUCCCAUGCAUCUACAGGGACAGCUGGGACAGCAGUGGCUGCAAUAUUUUCAGUUAUAAUUUUUGCCAUUACUGUCCUUGCUUUAAUAUUUGCUUGGAAAAAGAAAGUGUGGAAGAUAGCGUUUAGACAGUUCCGAAAUGAGGCUCAAAACUAGGAUUCGGGAGUAUCUGUUACAAGUGCAGGCUACUGUGAAAUAACAUGCAAGCAAAUUGUUUGGUAUGUGAAACAUGUCAUGAAAGGGAGUGGUGAACUCACAUGAAAAGAAUAAUUUGUAAAAACGUGCUUCAGUCUGUAUUGUCUUUGAGCAACACAUGAAUAUGAAUGUUUAUUUUUAAAUGCCAGUAUGUUGAAUAAAGUACUGUGGAAUAUACUCAGUCUCAAUUUUAGACAAAUUAUGUACUUUGAGAACCUGAGAAAAGCUAAAAUUUACGAAGGAUGGAGAACUGAAAUGUUGCCAGACAUCCUCAUAAUGUGAAUGAUAGAUGUAAGAUGUGAUAUGUUAGAAAAGAAAUCUUGACCACUUCCUAAGCUAAGUGAUACAAGUAAAUGCAUUAUAUUUACUAUCAUAAUACUAAUCAUCCAACAUUUAAUACUGUGCUGGACCUUCUUUACCAUGAUUUAUAUAAUGCAUAAUAAAAGGCUGUAUGUCAAUGAUACGUAGUGAGAAGAGGGAUGCAUACUGUGCUGGUUAGUCAUUGCUUCAGGUGACUGAACACAGUAUAUACAAUACUUAUUUCUAGGACCGGAGAAAUUAUAGUAUCCAUGCUGUCUGCUGUGUACUGCAUUAAUAUAGUUUUACAAUUGCAUAUUUGGAGAAAAGUGUAAAAAUACAUCAAAAAUGUAAUCCAGGUGCAGUUUUAGUAGAUAAGAUGAUAAUAAUUUAAGAAAACAGGCUGUUAAAAUACACUGCAGAUCACUAAUAUUUAAAUAUAUUUUUCCUUGCUAUGUUAUAAAUUAUAUUAUUUCAUUGUACCUCAGGUAUAAAUAAAUAACAACCAAAACA